UCUGGGACUUCCACUUCCUCCUGGUGAGGGACAGUUUAACCUCUGACCUCCUCGAGAUGCACUCCACCCCCUGGAGCUCCGCCCACCGGCUGGACCCCGCUGACCAGCAUCUGCGGGACUUCCUCGCUCCUCGACACAGUCCUGCGGGAGACGGCGUGGAGCUGGACGUGGACACGCUGCUGUCGCAGAAAUACAACGGUGUGGUGGAGCUCAGAGUCCAGGUCGCCGCCUUUAGCUUCCAGAACUCUCCGUCCUCCCAGAAUGCACCUCGGCUGUUACUGGACAGCUCCACGCCGCUGAACGGAGUCCUGGAGGCGCUGAGCGGAGACGCCACGUACGCCGGCUGCGGUCGCUGCUCCGCCGAGCUCAGCACCGACGCCAACGGCAUCUACAGCCCCUGUUACCCGUGCCUGCCCCUCACUGGUGUACGCCGGUACUACAGGCCAGGUGUGCUGACUGUGAGUGGGCGGGGCUAUAGUCAGCUGUGUGUUCUGGCUCCUCCUGUUCCUCUGCAGAAAAUCCUCAAAGCUCCACCCGAUAAACUCCACAGGAGCUCAGCUCCCGGCUCGCAGGUGAAGCUCAUCCAGGUGGCAGCAGAGAGGCUCCACGCCCUCCUCUCCCUCCCAAAGAAAACCUUUGUCAUCACCAUCAGGAGCCACUUCCUGUGCGACGAGAACAGCGCCCCCCUCAGUCAGGACUUUACGCUGCUCGACCUUCAGUUACCGACUGAUUGUAAAUAAUCAGUAAAACCUCAAGGGUAAAUUCAUGACGUUGUCUUCUUGAUGGACACUGACACUUCAGCACAGGACGAAACAAAAAAACAUGUCUAUUUACUUCCUGUUGUUGACGUUGAAAUAAAAAGGUUCUGCCUCUGUCGUUUA